GUGUAAAAUGUAAGAACUAAGAAGUCAUGGCCUUUUUUUUUUCUCUAGCGAAACGACAAAGGAGGAAAAUAACAUAAAGCACGCCAAAGAUACGUACAACCACAAGAGGACCUUAAUUACUUUGAGAGAUUUGUCUUUUGAAACCUCAUUUUCUCUUACCAUUUUGUGUUUCUUCUUGUUACAAUGGAGAUCGCUAUUGGUGUUGGAGGAGCACUCCUUUCUGCUUCUGUUCAGCCACUGAUUGAAAGGCUCGUAACCUCUCAUGAACUGAACAUCUUUGCUCGACGGGAGAAAAUCCAUGCUGACCUCAAGGACUGGGAGAUGAUGCUGGCCGAAAUCAAUGCUUUGCUCGAUGAUGCUGAAGACACCCAAAUGACAAAUUCUGUAGUGAAAAUAUGGCUUGAUGAGUUUCGAGAUCUGAUCUAUGACAUCGAAGAUGUGUUGGAUGAGUUCAACACCGAAGCUUUGAAGCGCAAGGUGAUGGAAGAUUCUCAGGGAAGCACAAACAAGCUGCGAAAGUUCAUCCCCACUCGUUUCACUUCUUUCGCGUUCAACAUUAAGAUGGCAUCCAGGAUAAAAGACAUUACUAAAAGAUUACAACGUAUUAAUGCAUGGCAGGAGCAGACUCUAAAUUUGAGAAGGCUUGUUAAUGGGACGAGAUCGAAGCAGCCGAAGGAAAGGCCACCGACAACUUCGACAACUUCUUUGGUAGAUGAAUCGGAUAUUUAUGGCAGGAAUGAUGACAAGGAAGCUAUUACUAAGAUGCUGUUAUGCAAUGGAGAAGGUGGUAACAAUUCCAUUUCUGUGAUAGCUAUAGUGGGGAUGGGAGGAAUUGGUAAGACUACUUUAGCAAAGUUAGUCUACAAUGAUUCUGCUAUGCAAAACUAUUUUGACAUCAAGAUAUGGGUAUGUGUUUCUGAAAAUUUUGAUGUUAUCUACUUAACGAGAACAAUUCUACGGUAUGUAGCUCCAGAGAUCUGUGAUUUAAAGGAUCUUAAUUUGAAUUCACUUCAAGAAACAUUGAAAAAGAAAUUAUCUCAAAAGAAAUUUUUGCUCAUCCUAGAUGAUGUCUGGGAAGAGGAUUACAGUCAAUGGGAUCUACUACGUGCACCUUUCGUUUCUGCAGCAACAAGUAGCAAAAUAGUUGUCACCACUCGUAAGAAAAAUGCUGCACCAAUCACAGCUGAUGUUCAUGCCUACUGUGUGAAGGAGUUGCCAGAUGAAGAGUGCUUGUUCUUAUUGGCUCACCAUGCUUUGGCGGCACAAAGCUUUGAUGCACACUUAGAUCUAAAGGAUAUUGGUCUGGAAUUGGCGAAUAGGUGUAACGGACUUCCGUUGGCUGCAAAAGUAUUGGGAGAUCUCUUGCGCAAUAAACGAAGCCGUGAGGAGUGGGAACGUGUAUUGAGAAACAAAUUGUGGAAUUCCCGAGAAACGAGCAAUAGUGUCUAUCCGAUUCUAAAAUUGAGCUACAAUGAUCUCCCUUCUCAUUUAAAGCGAUGUUUUGUUUAUUGUGCAAUAUUCCCCAAGGAUUAUGAAUUUGAUAGAGAUGAAUUGGUUUCUUUAUGGAUGGCAGAAGGCUUCUUGCAACAUCCCCAGGGAAGGAAGACAAUGGAGGACUUGGGAAUUGAAUACUUUGAGGAUUUGGUAUCAAGGUCAUUCUUUCAGUCGUCGGUCAGUCAUCAAUCAAGAUCAUUAUUUCUGCCAUCAAGUAGGACAACAUCAAGAUAUGUGAUGCAUGAUCAUAUAAGUGAUCUUGCUCAAACUAUUGCGAAAGAAAUUUGUUAUAAUUAUGAGACUACGUUCGAGGAUGAUAUGUCAAGUUUAAAAUAUCAAAAGGUCCGUCAUGCAUCUUUUUCCCGUCUCAAAGAUAUUGACUCGCAAGAGUAUGAAAUCUAUACUCGAAUGAAGAGGUUGAGAACAAUUGUGGGUUAUCCAAUUUUGCGAAGAGGUGACUUCCCUGAGUCGAGAGACUAUGAAUACAAGAUGCUGUACAAGUUAUUGUGA